CAACUGACAACUCUACGUCCCCGAACUCAAACUUUAACUGAACAGUGACCAGCCCACCAGGUAGAAUAUCAAUCAUCACCCAAGGAAUUGAUUGCGUUCCCGAUUCUUGGCUUUCAUGGUCCUAAAUGAAGAUGGUGGUGUACUUAGUCAGUGAGCCAAUGAGAUGGAUAUUCUGAUUGACUUUGGGAGCUGUUGUAGAGAUGCAGCCUCUUCAGAGAAAAUAACAGAGAGGAAGAAAUAUGUUGAGAAGAUACAGAAAUACUUCAAGAAUCCUGCAUUGCUGGAUGCUUUGGAUGCCAACACGGACAAGGGUAGUAAAGACAUCACAUGGCCGAAUGUAUUCAAGUACUGUGGCCGCAUCAUCAGACUGGACUCCGAGGCGUUUAGGAAAUCAAAGACACCAGCAUCCUCCACAGCUCAGUCUAACCAGGAGAAGAAGAAACAGUCAGUCUUGUCUUUCUUCCGAUUGAUCAUAAAGACGGGAAACAGGAGGCGACGCCUUGGGGCGGAUAUUGUUGUCAGUCACAUCUUGAAGGAACUGGGCAACCAGUUCAUCUGUGAAUGCCUUGGGGGAAGCUAUCUCAGCAUUCUACAGAAGGAUGUCCUUUCAUCUAAGUAUUAUACCAUGGGUCUAUCAGCACACCAUUGGACAGAACUGAUAAAGAUGUUAAUCUACCUCCACAAGGCCCCUCCUGCAUCAAUUACCAAUGCGAUGAUCACCAAGGUACUGCUUCAGUCCAUUAGCAUUGCCUGCAACAACAGUGACCUGUUGACCAAUGAACCGUUCAAGGUUUUCCUGACAAUAUUUCAGAAUAUGCGUGUGGAGCACAACAUCCGUGAGCUGCUCGUCGCUGUUAACUGCUUCUGCGAGACGUUAGCCACCCAGAGUCGCACCCAGGUCUGCCAUCUUGGUGAAGAGGUCAACCAGGAGUUGUUGUGGCUGUGGAAUAAUCGACCGUCUGAUGUUGAAAAGGAUGGCAUUGUCCAGUUUUGGUGUCUACAGAUGACAGGCCACCAUCCUUGUGGGGCGAGGACAAGUAAGGAGGGUGCCUAUGCCUUUGAUUGGAACGUCUGGAGGCACCAACUUCAGAACAUUUAUGGGGCCAUAUCAACCUAUCUUCAGCAAUUGAGUGGAAAAACCAGAUUCUCAAUGCAUCAAAAGGAUGCCCUUCUCAAGGACAACUAUGUGUACCUGGCGUCUGAGGUAUUCCAUCAGAUCUUCAGUAACGACGGGGCCAUUUGUGAUGUGACACAGACGGAUGACGACGCAAAUAAUGUCAAGAAGAGGAAGCUGGAGUCAGGUUGGCAGGGUCUCCAUGACAACCUGCUGAGCGACGUGGAUCAAAAACCAUGGCUUCAAGUUCUGCAUGCCUUGCUGAAGAAAUACCAAACGGACAUGCCCAGCAAGGAUGUUAGUCUGUUCUUAGAGAUGUUUAAUCAGCUCCUUAUGAAAACUAAAAGCGGUGAUGUGACGGUGUGGUACAUGCAGUGUCUGGAAGCGCUGGCCAUGAGAUGGAAAGGUGUAGGCACUGGAAAAGGCUUUGAUCACUCGCAGCUUUGCUUGUGGAAGAAAAUAGCAGAUGCAACAUUGAGGCUUGUGAGCCUUCACCAUGCUGAGGGAAGUUCUUUCCGUCUGCUCUCUCACCUCGUGCAGCUGAAUCUCAUCACAACAGGUCAAGAAAUGUGGUCAAUAUUUCCCGCCUCCUCACCAGCUGUAUCAAACGAAUCUCUUCGUUACCUAGCAACAAUCAUGCAAAAUACGGACAUACCGAACUCCGUCCUUCUUGGUCCUGCACACAGAGAGACGCAUCAGCUCCGCAGUCAACUCAUCAACUGGUUAUUCCCAAAUAAAGAAAACGUAGAUGAAAAUGUGAACGCAAGGUUUUUCCCGGACGAUUUAAAAACAACUUUAGUUGCUGUGGUGCUGUCGAGGUUGAUGACCCAAGACAAUACAUGUGAUAUUACAACCCCGAUGGAUACUCAAGAAUCUGCUUCAGUAUUCGAAACAAUCGGGAAGAGUUUUCUAGAAAUUUCUUUUGAUGUUGUUGAAGAGAAGCAAAGGGAGGUUGUGACGUCUGCUGUUCGUAGCUCACCAGUUCCUGUGUUGUUUGAGAUACAGAAUAGAAUUGAGGAGGCAAUUGUGACUGAGGUGAAAUACUUGGCUCAAAUGGAGGGGAACAAGGUGAAGAUAAUUUACGAGCUGAUUAUGAUGUCUGACAUCAUUAGUCGUCUGCUCCAGCUGUAUCUAACGCUCGGUGUCCUAGACGGAGAGGUACUGUCUCAUUCAAGACUCUUUGAUGCGCUCAAGUUCAGUCUUGGAAAAGUCAGUGAGGCCUGCCCACAGAUAGUGUCCAAAUACACCAACGGAGUAAUCCCCAUUUUGGAACAGUUGGAGGCGUUUUUCUCUGUGCCCAGGACAGGGAGCUGGUAUGAGCUGUUCUGUGAGAAACUCGUGUCAGUCACACCUAGGAAGCUACUGGAACAUCUACUGAAUCUCGCCACUUCUGAUAAGCGGUCGAAUGUUGACUCGGACCCAUUCAACACAACCGUGUUGAACAACCAGACCCAGGAUACAUGUAUAUUCGAGAUGACCACCGAUGACCCCUCGAUGAUCCUGGACGACUUUGAAGAGGACGAACUGGUUAUAGAAUCAAAAACAGAUGUGUCCAAUCAUAGUGCCCUCUCACCCAGUGCUUUGACGGACCUCCAGAAGGUUCAAGUGGCCUCAGUCCGGGUGCUCGCAGCUUGGAGUUUCCUUCACUGGGACAGAGGUUUGGUGCAGCUGGAUCCCAUAACUGUACAGGAGAAACUUCUGGAUAUGUUUUGUGAAGGAGAGUUUCAGCCAACAAAAGCCGUUCAUCUCCAAAUGAUGACGAAUUACAUUAGAAUGGUAUGUGAGAACUCAAGCACAAAGAAGCCUUUAUCGGAUGACACCCUAUACACUCUCAUCGAUGCACUCAGACGUGUGUUCUCCAGCCAUCAAAAGGACACAGAGAUGACGUACGCAUCACUGCAGCUACUUGGCAAGCUACUCCCUCUAUUGGUAGCUGAUGGAAGCCAGCUUGUCGAUUCUUGUGAAUUGGCAAAGCACUUGCUCAACAUAUUUGUGAAAUCUAAGAAGGAUCAUGUCCAUUGCGUAAAAGUUGGGAAGGAACUUUACAAGUGCCUGCACACCCUGGUUAGGCUGGACCCGGACCAGAAAUGGGCUGUGUUCAAGAGCAAUAGGGAAGAUGUUACAGCUGUUAAAGCCCUGCAGUUGGGUUUGAAGGACAGACACACUGCAGUCAGGAUGAUGGUGGCGACACAGGCUGUUCAGAGUUUGUUCGUGAAGAGCGAAGGAGAUAAGAUCGUCCCACUGAAUCGCUCCCUGCAGGAGGAGUCAUUUGAUAGUCUCUAUGGUGUGAUGAAGGAUAUCCUCACAGUAGAGGGCCACUUAUCACCCAACGAGGAACAGGAUGAGAGUGUAAACAGAACUUCAUCAUUCCUGCACACCCUAGCAACGGUUGCUAAGUCUAGUAUCGUCUGCCAAAGGAAGGUCUUCAUGGCUUUCUGCCUCCUUGUCAAGGAGAGCAGAAUUAACAUCAAACUUGUAAAAAAGGUGCUUCUACAGAUAUCCAAAUAUCUAGGUUUCACGUCUUUGUCCCUCUGGGCCGGUGCUAAUCUCUCGUACGUGAUCCGACAGUGGUUAAACAUCAAAUACACCAUUGACAACUUUCCCUACCAGCUCACUGAUUGUAAGGACCUGCCCACUUUCUAUAGGACUUUUCAGUCAAUUCUUGUUCCUCUCCUCCUGAUGAGGAAAGACGACGAUGGUAUAACAAUCAUUGCAACAAGCCAGCAACUGUCAAUAGCCGACUUGGUCGUGAGCUGUCUCCCUAAAGUUAUGGUGCAUAUCCUGCCUCUCUUGGCUAUUUCUAAAGGCUUUCCAUGUAGUGAUGAAAUCAAGGCCCAGUCAAAGCUGGCAUCAGAGUGCUUCAAGAACUUGGAGAGUCUCGUCUCCAAGAAGGCCAUAGAGAACUGCAUGAAGGGUUACAUCGAUGAAAUUGUUGUGGACAUCCUGAUGCUGACCCAUGACAGUAAUGAUGGCGCAGGCGACGCAGAUUUCAUCAGGAAUACUCAACCAGAACCGAACCCACCCUUCUUCAGCAAAGCAAUCAUUCUCACCACGUUAAACUAUCUCACCCAGUGCUAUGCUGGCUCUGCCAAGUCGCUAGUCAGCCUCUUAGCCGUGCAACGGGAUGGCAUCCAGAAAGCCCUACUAUCCCUACGGAUCCACCUCAACAAAGCCUACCAGCAAUACGCCAGAAGACGUGUCUUAGUCGCCUACCAGAUUUUUGUCGAGCUCCUCAUGAAGGAAUUUGACGACCAGUUGGGUGGGAAUUGGGCGUUCGUUUUGCGUGACGUCAUCUAUACGUUGGUCCAUCUGCAGCAGGAUCUUGGCAAAGACGGGAUGGAGCUAGGACCAGUAGCGAGCGAGAUAUUUUCGCUGUCUUGUGAUGUGAUGUUUCUGAUGUGUCGAGUUGGGGUCGAGUGCUGCGCUGAGGAGCUAGGGCGCUUUCUGCCAGUGAUUGUAAGUUCACUCAUUCCAUGGAUAAGAAGUGGAGGAGCCCGCGUCAAAAUGUGUACCCAAAUCAUCAAUCUGAUCUUGGAGAAUUCAGCCCAGCUUUCCCAAUCUAUUGCAUUACUGGACCCAUUCCCUAAUGAGCCUGGCUUCACCCUUGUGAGAUCAGUACAGGAGAGACUCAAGUAUGCCAAAGAGAAAUUCUCCUUGGAACAGGAAAUCAAGCAUUUCUUGAAUGCAGGAGAACAUCUGCCUGAUGCCAACUGUCGUCUCGAGGGUUUGAACUUCUUGUAUCAACAGCUGUCCAAGAGAAAGAGAGAACUUGGUGCAUUACAGGUAGAAUGCCGGGGGAAGAAUGAAUCGAGUGUCCUAGUCCAGUUGAUCUGUACAUUGGUUCAGAUGGUACAAGUUGCCCACACAAGCCCGGACAUCAAACAAGCUGCAGCCAAGUGUCUGGGGGAGAUUGGGCCCAUCGACCUAGGAGUCACCGCCCUACUGAGGCCAGUGCAGAAUGCGGGGCUUGCUGCUGCUCUAGAAGUGUUCAAAGGAAAACCAGAGAUGGAGAGAAACUGUCAUAUUAUGCAUAAGCUGGACAAGUAUCUUACAGAGAGUUGUACGGAGAUUGUACAAGCUGCCAGUGAUGUGUUGAAGGCAAUCUUGAACACCGAGGCUGGUGCGUCCUUUGCUGAGGAAUACAAGAAGAAAGUCGAGGGACCAUUCAUAUUUUAUAUCCAGCCAUUCCGUUCAACAAAGAAAAAGCUCCUGUCCCAGACGUCCAGUGCCAUGAUCCGAGGAAUAGAUGACAUUGACGAUGUGAAUCUCUGGUUGCCUGACCACAAUGACCAUGAUAAAUGGAUCAGUGACCUGGUCUGUGCCAUCCUGUCAUCUGGGGUCAUCACAGACCCCAUACUCAGUCAAUUGGAACCAAUUUGCAAGGUUAAGGCUCCAUUCUGUGUCGAGAUUUUGCCCUACUUGGUGCAUUCCAUGCUCCUACAAGACGUAGAUGCACUCCAUGACAUCCUGUCACAACAGGUGUGUGCUUUCUUUAUCCGGCAAUGUGGCCUGGUGGAACAGGAGUCCACUCGGGUCACAACACCAGCUCUUGGCAAAGUUUUAGAGAUUGACGACGCAACCAUAUGUCAAAACCAGCAAGCUGUCAAAUGCCUCCUCAACUUGGUUCAGUAUCUGAGACAACAGCCUCGCCCGCAGCAUGGGAGGCGAGAAAGGACUGUUUGGGAGAACAACUUCUGGUUGGACGUCGACUACCUAAUCAUAGCGAAGGCAGCCCAGUCUUGUGGCAAGCAUUUCACUGCCUUGAUGUACACCGAGAUUUGGUGCAGUCAAAUUAGAGACAAACAAGUCAGAGAAUCUGGAUCCUCCUCCUCUAAAUCUUACUCAAGUCAGUCUUCAGAGAGUUCCCAACUGAGCUCACUCCCUGAAGAAAAGAGGUGUAAUGUGCAGGGCCAGUUGCUCGAGGCUUACAGGGCCAUUGGUGACCCUGAUGGAGUCUAUGGCUGUGGCAUCAGUUGUCUCGGUGAUUCACUUUCAAGGACAAAGAUGUAUGAGCAUGAGAACCAGUGGGAUAAAGCGUUAUGUUCUUACGACCUUGACAUGGACAUACCAAGGAUGACAACACAACUAGGCCUACUCAAUUCUUUGAAGAACUUUGGUAGCAGUCACGUCCUGGACAUGUACCUCAAGGGGCUGGAAGGCCAGGGCUUGACAGGCUCUAAGGAAUUCGACCAGUUUCAAUAUGAAGCUGCCCUACGAUGUGGAAAGUGGGACUUGGACGUGCCAACGAGGCUCACUCAAGGUCUGAGUUUCAGCCAGGCGAUCUACUGGAGUUGUCUGUGUGUAAAUAAGAAGGAUGAGUGUGCGUUUUUCAAGACAGUAGACACGGCCAGAAGUGCGUUUAUCGGGGAAACAUUUACUGUGGAGAGCGUGACGGGUCUCUAUCAAGUCCUGUGUAAACUACAUGCCAUCAAUCAGGUGGAGGAUGUUGGACAUUUAUUCUUCAGAGAUGGAAAAACAUCUGAUUGUCUGAAAAAGUGGACAAGUUAUAUGGCUCCUUUCGAAAACCAGUUCAUUUUUACAGAACCUGUUCUGCAGACUCGGACGCGUCUGCUGAACCUUCUGCUUGAUGUGAAGGUUGAUCCCGAGAUACUGGAAGGUCUACAACGACAGACAGAACUCCUUGUGAGGCAGGCUCGGACUGCUGGGCAGUACCAGGUUGCCGUCAAUGCCAUCCACAAACUAGAACAGGCCAGUCAACCCCAGACCAUGCUGACAAUGAGGAUAGAGGAAGCGAAGCUGUUCUGGUCCAAGGGAGAGAGCAAUACUGCCAUGUACAUGAUGAAUGAAUGCCUCAAGACUCUCAAACAGUUAGAGGACACUGAGGCGCAUGUGUGUGCACAUGGCCUGUCCCUCUAUGGCGAAUGGUUGGCUGAAACUCACUCGGCAUCGCCACAGGUCAUCAUGGAGGAAUAUCUUCAGAAGAGUGUUGGUCUAAUAGAAGGCAAUGGAGAUGCCCACAUUGCCCUGGCAAAGUUUGCAGACACCCAGUAUCAGAGUAUUGUCAACUAUAUGAAGUCGGGUAUCUACGAGUCGCGGGUGGCUGCAAUGGCGAAGGCACGAGACAAGGCAGAGAUGUUAAGUGCAAGUGGAAGUCUGGAAAUAUCAGAUCAAAAGUAUCUGCGCUUCCUAAACAAACAAAACAUUCUUGAGGAAAAGGAAGGGAAUUCAAUGUUGAGUGACAGGAUGUGUUAUCUGAGGAAAGCUGUGGAGAACUACAUCAGUGGUCUGUGUCACAGUGAUGAACAUGAUCUACACGUUGUGCGUCUGAUUUCACUGUGGUUUGAUAAUCCGAAUGAGGAAGCGGUCUGUCAGCUGAUGAAGUACGCCAUAGGCAAGCUGAAGUCUCACAAAUUCAUCCCCCUGAUGUACCAGUUGGCUGCUAGGAUGUCGAAAGAGGAUAAUCUAUUCCAAGAAACACUAGGACAGCUGAUCUACAAGACGUCCGUGUCUCACCCCUAUCACUGUUUUUACAUCAUCCUGGCUCUCUACCAUGCUGACAAGGAUGAGGAGUUUUUGAACGUCGGCAAGGUGACAAAGCGUCAACUCAGUCGAUCGAAUAGCACUGCAAAAGCACUGGAACAAGAAAGGGUGCUUGCCGCCAAAGAUGUCGUGCAACGUCUCCAGCAGUCACAACGAGCCGACAUCCUGCAGGCAGUCGAGAGGGUUUGCGUGGCGUACAUACAACUUGCUAACGUUGAUGCAACAAGUUUCAAAGGUCAGAAAGCUGUUAAGAUUCCGAGUAAGCUGAAGAUUUCGCAGCUGAAGAACUUGGCUUUGGUGGCUGUGCCUACAAUGGAUACACCGGUUGACCCCACCUGCCACUACGACCACAUCACAUCUCUGGUAGGAUUCCAGCCGACCUUUGGCCUGGUUGGUGGCAUAAACGUUCCAAAAUUGGUCACAAGCCUUGCAUCAGAUGGGGUAACGAGACGACAGCUCGUAAAGGGCAAGGACGAUCUUCGUCAGGAUGCGGUAAUGCAGCAGGUGUUCGAAAUGGUCAACACGUUGUUGCAGCGCGACCCAGAGGCAAAGAGAAGGAAUUUGGCGAUCAGACGAUACAAGGUUGUACCUUUGUCUCAACGCAGCGGUGUAUUGGAGUGGUGCGAGAACACUCGCCCCCUUGCGGACAUCCUGAUCGGAUCAUCAGGGGCCCAUGAAAGGUAUCGCCCGAGGGAUUGGAACCCUGUAGAGUGCAGGAACAAUAUGAGGGAAGUUGCAGGCCUGACCUACCAAGAACGAUUGGCAGUGUAUCUGAACAUCUGCAAACACUUUGCACCGGUCUUCAGACAUUUCUUCAUGGAGCAAUUCCCACAACCGGCCAAGUGGUACGAGAAACGCAUGGCGUAUACUCGUAGUGUCGCCACAAAUUCUAUUGUUGGUUAUAUUCUUGGUCUUGGUGAUCGCCACCUCAACAACAUCUUGAUGGACUGCAACACAGCAGAGUUCAUCCACAUCGAUCUUGGCGUUGCAUUCGAACAAGGAAAAGUCCUACCGACGCCAGAGACGGUGCCAUUCAGACUGACCAGGGACAUCGUGGAUGGAAUGGGAGUAUCUGGUGUGGAGGGUGUUUUCAGAAGGAGCUGUGAAAAAACCAUGGAAGUAAUGCGGCAAAACCAAGAGGCAUUAUUGACCAUCCUCCAAGUGUUAUUGUACGACCCCCUCUACCAGUGGACCAUGUCACCAACGAAAGCAUACCAGUUACAACAGCGAAAGGAUAUGACAGACCACGGCGUCUCAUUGGAUGGGAACGCGACAUGCGAAAUACCAGACCUCGAUCAGAAAGAUGACAAUGCUGGUGGUGACACGAAUGAGCUUGCGGAACGUGUCUUGUUGCGUCUCCGUCAGAAACUGCAGGGGUUGGAGGAUGGCAUCCAGCGUAGCGUGACGGGUCAGGUGAACAUGCUGGUACAAGAGGCUAUCGACAGUCACAACUUGUCCAGGUUGUACUGUGGUUGGCAGCCAUUUGUGUAGGCAAGACAAAGUCACAAUCUCUCUGCGUUAUAUCUUUGUUAAAACUGCUGAGGGUGGUGUAUAGGAUCUGAUGUGUGAAAGGCCAGAUGAACAUGCUACCGUAGGACAUUCGUAAAUGUUUUGCUCCAUCAUUUGUAAAAAUGUACAUGUAUACCUGAGAGACCACUUUUUGGAUGACUUGACCAUAUCUCUCAAUGACAAAAACCUAAAACAUGGUAGCUGGUGCAUAGUCUAUGUGUUCAAUACAUUUGUUAUAUAUUGUAUGUAAUGUCAUUGUUUGCUCCUCAAUAUUUUACAUUUCAUGCAUGCAGUAAUAAUAGAAUUCGUAUUUCGCCCUCUAAUUGAUGAAUUUCAAUUGUCUCCCCCAAAUCUUACCCUAGGGUGACAUCAGAUUUCUGUUUAAAUCAGUGCCUUUUGAUUGCAUUUGAAUUUAGUCAUAGAAUGAUUCUUACUUGUAGUUUUUGUGGUGCGUACUGGACAAUUCCAGUUUUGCAUUUCGAUCCCAGUACAGGGUCCCUGAACAAACUUUAAUGAAAACAUUUAAAGGGGCCAUUGAAUGGUAUACACUUUGUUAAG